AGACCUCGCCCCUCGCGAGACUUCGCCCACAUCCUGAUUUCGUCUUCACCGAGGGCCGAGGCCGUUGUGAAAGCUCCAGCACCUCGGUGGCCUGCGCUUAACUUUAUCUCAAUAAAGAGGUUCGGUAACGCCACGAGUUCGCUGUCAGGCGGGGUGGGGGAGGUUAUUAUUAUCGUCGUCGUUGAUUUGAAGCUUUCUCGUCACCGCAGGAAAUGCGUGCUCGCUGCUUCCUUCGGUUAAAGUCACGUAGGUAGGAAAAAAUAAUUAUUAUUAAAUAAAAGAAAACACACGACGUUUCGGUCGCAACACAAGCGUCCGUCUUCGGUGCAGGUCCAUUUAAUUCAGGAUGAAUCUGGAGCGGGUCACCAAUGAAGACAAGCUCAGCCUCUGCAGGAAAUACUACAGAGGAGGAUUUAUACUGCUGCCCUUCCUCUGGCUGGUGAAUGCCAUCUGGUUCUUCAAGGAAGCAUUCAUGAAGCCACAAUACCAGGAGCAAGCCGAGAUCAAAAAGUAUGUGAUCCGCUCGGCGGUGGGUGUGCUGGGCUGGACCGUGGUCCUCACUGUGUGGAUCUCCAUCUACCAGCACUUCCGUCCGCAGUGGGGAGCCACGGGCGACUACAUGUCCUUCACCAUCCCCUUCGGCAUCCCGUGACGUUCGCGAGCGGCGUGCCCGCAAAUUGCCGGCGGCAGGACACCACCCCCCUCGAGAGCGCAUAAGGGCGUUUACACUUGCAGAGAGGGCUUUUGGCAUCUUGUUGGCUCAACAGUGUGUCCUCGAAUAUAGCGGGCUGAUUCAGGGGUGGUGGUGGGGUGAUCAGGUUUAUCAGUUUUAUUUUUCAUAAAUCCAUGAAAUCUAAAUGUAUCCCAUUCUGCUAUUUUUUUGAACGCUCAAAAAGUUCGUACCGUAAAUUCACACAAGUAUAUAAUAAUGAGAUAUGAAUUUACAUUUUUUUUGUAUCGUAAAUACUUGGUUCACAGGUCUGGUGGAGCCAGUGGUGAAUCGAAGGAUAACUUGACUAGUUACUGUGUAGUAUCUUGCAUAAUUUGGGAAUAUCUAGCACACAACGUUACUUGCGCAGUGUAGAGACGGAGCGAACCAGUCGGCACAGGUUUUCAUACAUUUUUUUUAAUGAUAGGUUCCUACGAUUUUCUACUUUUUUUUUCUUUUUUUAGCUUUGGUUAAAUUGUAGGCGUCCCAACAAAAACCCCAUUUAUAUGCAGGAUAUCGUAUAUCUGCUCACAUUUUUGUCCAGGACACGCUGUAUAUAUGGGCAUUCAAGAUUCAAGGAGAUUCGUGCAAAGGAUGAAUCCCGCUUCAGGGUUGGGAACAUGCAUAGGGGUUUAUGUAUACAAGGGUUUUUUUUUUAAUGCAAACGAUAUUAGAAAAAUUGGGCACUUUUGGGCGUGGAUAUUUGUGUACUGGGAUGUUUUGUGUUCAUACUACCGAAGCAUAAUUAUUAUUCGAAGCAUUUCCACACGUGUGCUUUUUAGAUUAGGAAGUAUUUGGCCUCGUAAGAUGCCAGUCAGAUUUGGCAGAUAUCCCAAGUAGCUUACUACAGGGGUAACUCCAGCAUGCUAAAAAUGCCCUUUGAUUGCCUUGCUGCCUUGCAAGGGAUUAUAUUUCCUUAAUGAACUUAUACUCUGUGUGAAUUAAAUGUGUAUAUAUGGUCUUGGAAGUAUUGCAAACAGUGCAGUGUUUUGUGUUCAUACAUAACAGUGAAGCUUUGUAAUAACUGACGAAUUAUACAUGCCUUCACGAAUGCUCUUUCAGAAAACAAGUAAAUAUGCAGCCCUCUUUGGCAGUCUACUGUUGGAUGAGGGCCUCUUGAUCAUACUUGAUGAUCAGUGGGUUUGAGAAGGCAUGGAGCAUAGACUUGUAAGCAUAAAGGCACAGGGUGAACAAACGCUCUUUCGACAUCGAAAUUACUUAAACGUACAUUACUUAAAUGUUUAGCUUUUCUGAGCAUACGUUAAUAGACGGUUGCAAAACCUUCCACGUUGUUUGAAGUAAUGCAUCCCAUAUGUUUUGUCAUUUCAUGUACUUUAAUCCUUGAAUAAUGUCGUGGUUGAAGAGUUUAAAUGCUUCGCGUUUUACUCUCAAAUGUCCUCUUGGUAUUCCAUAAAUGUGUCCGUUUAUACUGUGUGGUACACCCAACAGCUUGUGUUUUUCUUAAUUUUCAGGAUAUCAAUCGUGGUGUUUUCUUUUGGCGAUCUGAAACCUAUUGGAACGAUUUCGAUCUUGUAAUUCCAAACGUUGUUACUCCGCUGUUCGAAUUUCACAGACCGCAUCGACGCUUGGCUUUCGGAAGUGUGUACAUUACUGACAUUAAAUGUUCCCAAUGAACAAAUAAAGUCGCUUCACAUUUGAA